AGGUGGAGGAGGAAGAGUGAGGAAGAGGAAGUGGAUUGAGUAAAUGGUGAAAUAAUAAUAAAAAAAAAAUAUAUAUAUAUAUAUAUAUAAUAAUCGUGUCUCUUCGGUUAUCGUUGACGAAGAGUGUGCCGAUUUAUUUCUACAAAAGCUGGACAAGAAUUUGAAGGACCACAAAUUCAACUGAAAUCAAAUUAAAUCAAAUCAAAUAUAAAUAAGGAAAUAAAGAUUUAACGUCGUUUAUUAUUCCUAUAUUUAAUCGACGUAAUAUAUUAUUUGAAAAAAAUAUUAAAAAAAAAAAAAAUGCCAAGAAGCAGAGCCUCAUCGGUCACGAGUUUGACCGCUCUUGGUCUCGGCCUCGCCCUGACGGUCUUUCCAUAUACCGUUGUGGCGAUCGAUUUGAGCCGUUUUUAUGGCAAUUUCAAUUCCAAAAGUUCAGACGACGCUUGUCGUCCUUACGAACCGUUUAAAUGUCCUGGCGAUGGUACAUGCAUCUCGAUACAAUAUUUGUGCGACGGUGCACCGGAUUGUCGAAACGGUUAUGACGAAGAUACGAAACUCUGCACGGCAGCUAAACGACCACCUGUAGAAGAAACGGCAAGUUUCCUUCAGUCAUUACUGGCGAGUCACGGACCGAAUUAUCUCGAAAAAUUAUUUGGUAACAGAGCACGAGAUACCCUUAAACCUCUCGGUGGUGUCGACAAAGUUGCCAUUGCGUUAUCAGAAUCUCAAACAAUUGAAGAUUUUGGUGCAGUUUUACAUCUGAUGAGAUCGGAUUUGGAACACUUACGUUCAGUUUUUAUGGCAGUUGAGAACGGUGACCUUGGAAUGUUGAAAUCACUUGGUAUCAAAGAUUCCGAAUUAGGGGAUGUUAAAUUCUUCCUCGAGAAGCUCGUCAAGACUGGCUUCCUCGACUGAAAAGGCAACGAUUAUAUCAAGGAUAAUUAAAUCGUCGUUGAUUUAUUUUUACGAUCCUAUCGAUUAUUAUUAUUAUUAUUAUUAUUAUUAUUAUUAACAUUUUUUUUCUCUCUCUCUCUCUAUUAUUCUAAAUAAUGAUUCAAUAUAAACGAUUAGGAUCGUAAAAUAUUAAUCACGUCGAUAUUUCAUUAUUUUUAAUUCAUUAUUAUUAUAUUCUACCUCGUUUCCCAC